AACAUUUACAAAAGAGAUCCCACUUGCCAAGCCUCUCUUUUGGUGGCUAACUGUCCAGCAUAAAACAGUGGAGAAGCACCAUCACCAAUGAGUCUUUCACAGAGAAAUUCCAAUGAAAAAGGACUGAGCCGAGUAGACCAAGGCUUAAUUGUCAAUCAACACCAAAUUCAUAGAAUUCAGACAAGGAUAUUGGCAGACUAAGGAGAGUAUAAGCAUCAGUAAUGUUUUCUUCUGCCUGAUCACAACUGCCAUGCGCAUUGUGGUUAGGAUUUGGUUCUCCGACAUCCUGCCAAUUCUUUCUUAAAUUGGAGAGCAAAGGGAAGAGAGAACAGCAGAUUAACUUGAAUUAUGAUUUAGGGAAUCAGCACAGGUGUGAUCCUGAAUGAAAUUGUUUUGUGCAUUACCACAAUCUAUUUUGUGAUUUGUGAGAACGAAUUAUACAUAUUUUGUACUUUUGUUCCACUAAUUCUGGUAAAGAGUCACACUGCUGUGUUGAAUUUUCUGUCUGCCUUUUAGUCAGCUGAGCUAUUGCACAUUUACAACAUUAUCUAGGGCUUUUAUUGCAAAGUUGAACCAAUUCAUCUUUAGAUCAGUUAUGUUUAAGGACAAUGCCUUCUGGGUCAAUGACAUUAUACAUUUAGUGGUAUAAAAUUAUGUAAUUGCCUCAUAUUAUACACACAAAAAUAAAAAUUCUGGUUAAUUAAUCACUGAGGUGUGGCUGUUAAAUCUGUAUAUAUAGCCAGGGUGUCUGGUCAUUGUAUUCACUGGUCUCUUCAUCUCCAGACUGUGCCUGAUCACAACUGUAGCAAUAUGGCUUUCACCGGAAAAUAUGAAGUUACAAGUCAGGAAAAUUAUGAAGAUUUCAUGAAGGUCCUGAAGUAUUCUGCUGAUGUCAUUGAAAAGGGAAGGAACGCCAAGGUCAUUACGGACGUCACCCAAAAUGGAAAUUAUUUUACCUGGAUCCAAAUUUAUCCUGGUGGAAAAACCAUGAAGAACACAUUUGCUAUUGGUCAGGAAUCAGAUAUGGAAACCAUGGAUGGCAAAAAAUUCAAGGCAAUAGUCAAAAUGGAAGGAAAUGCACUUGUUUGCGACUUUCCAAACUAUCACCACACUUCAGAGAUUUCAGGUGGAAAUCUUAUUGAGACAUCAACAUGUGGUGGUGUGGUUUACAAGAGAAUUAGCAAGAAAACUGCCUAAAACAGGAAAACGUGUUACUUCUUUUGGAAUGAAAAACAUCUCCAUUAUACAUUGCUUUGCUUAAAUUAAAAUAAUAUAAUUUCUGUAAUCUCAAUGCUUCUUGUUGUGAACCGUAAAUUUAUUUAAAUGUCAUAUUGCACUUUCACCACUUCUUUCCCAAUCAGGAAUGGUAUCAAACAAUACAGUGACUGAUAAAAUGUCAGGAAUCACAACGAUAUUUUACCCAGAUUCUCUUUCGUUAGUUAAUUCCUAGGAAGCGUAUUGCCUUCUCUAACAAUGACCCCUACAUAGAUUGCUGAAACCCAGUUGGUAAAGGCUUGAAUAGAAAGGGAGUACAAGGUGCAUGGAAGCGGAAGUGAAGAUGGUUAAAAGAACAGUUUCACUGAGGAGCUAUGUGAUUACUUGUGAAACUUAGUCAUGGCUUUCAGAAAAUGAUGGGAAAUGGGGAAAAAGUGAAUUAUUAUUUAUUUUCUAUUAAAAAACUCCUAUUGAGAAAAGCAAUAAAUAAUGCAUCUGGUGGUUCAACUGGUUAAGCAGUGAAUAAACAGAAAGAGGUGGAUUUUCAUGUUCAAUUCUCAUUCUAUGUAGAAAUAGUUUGUCUUGGGCAUAACGGGCAAAUAUUGCAGGAUGGUUUGGCUUAAGCUGCCAUUCCUGACUCAGCUUGAACGUGCAUGUGUGUAAUUGUUAAAAUCGUUACAAUAAGGGAGAGCUCUGGCAAUAUUUAAUGAUAAUCAUGUCUGAAGAAUCCGAAAGUACCAAUGAAGAUGUAUGUCAGUGAGAGAGAGGUAUGCAUCUGACUUAGGCUGCUCUGCCAUUCAAUAAGAGCACAGCUGCUUCCAUGCCUCAUUACCUAUCUUUACUUUCGUUCCCAUAUUCU